AUGAAGUUUCUCGCAGUCGUUACUUGCCUGGUGGCAGUAGCAUUUGGACGAUCCUUUGAAGGAAAUGCCAAAACGCUAACCUUUCAUGACCCGCCGGAUGUCGUGAUCUCGGGCAAGGGUCUUGUAAAUCCCCAAAUGCUAUGGGAUCUGUUCAAAGGUUUGAUCCCGAGCGACUACUUCAACCUCAUUGAAAAGCAGGAGCUUUACCAGAACAAGGAUUUCCAGAAGGAUGUCUUUAACCUAGCAUUGAAGCAGCUGUCCAUGGAGGUGCAUACUCAAAUCGCAAAACAAAACAAGCUGCGAGAGUUCGUCCAAUGUUCUUGUCCAACUUCAACCUGCGGAAAUAUUCCUGUGGAAGUGGACGAUUUCCGCACCGAGCUGAAUCCCUAUUUUCAGGAAGUAAAGUCAACAAUAGAAAUGGAAACGGCUUUAAAAACUCUGAGACUGAUGAAAUUUAGCAUGGACCAAAUACAACGUCGCUACCAGCAAGUAGUUGUUACAGUGGACUGUUCUUGCCCAAAAGCCGAGCAGUGCAGGAGUACAUUACCACCUCAUAUGUACGAUAUUAUAUCAGGAAAGAAUGACGAUUCCUUAAGAAAUGCAUAUUGGCAGGGUGCUUUACACAAAUCUCCACUCUUCCCGAACAUCAUGCCCCAAGAGCUUUAUAACUCUUUACAGGCAGCUUGGAUGGAAUUGCUUGAAACUUACUUCGCAAACGUGGUACCUCCGUCGUGGGGCUGGUCGGGACAGGCUCCUUCCCACAACCGUACGGAGGCAAGUACUGACAGCAAGUUCGUGUCAACAUAUGAUGAUGCCGUAGUAGACGACGACGAAGAAGUAGACUUACCCGAAAUGUUGACAGAAAGUGUGAAUACUCGGCAUUCUGACACAGAUGGCCUUCUCAAAACCGAGAAAAACACUCGUGCAAAACCGGGAUCUGCUGAUCUCAACCGAUCGUCGCAUGAAAGUGUUUUAAAAAACGUAACCCCGGUUAGUACCGGUGAUGCUUGACACUUACUUGUUAAAGAACCUCAGUCAUCAGAACAAUUAAACAUAAUUGUCUUUGACGCUCCAAAGAACU